AUGAAUGUCAAUGACAACGAAGAAAAGCCCUUCUACAGCCCACAAACUAAACACAAGUCAAGCAAGGCUGAUCCUACAGACAAGCCAGACAAGGCCAAAGUGCCGCAAUCUGAAGAGACAAUUUCAGGUGCUGGAAACAAGACCAUCAAGAACAAUCAACUAGACUACUUGAAUGUUGUGCCCUAUCCAGAUGGCAGAUAUUAUGUCUACAUUCGAAGAAAUCCUGCUUUCUACAAGCCUGCUCUGUUGUUGGAAGGCAUGACCGCAGUUGAUGACUUUGACCCAGCAGCAAACAUCCACUAUGCUGCUCUAAAUAAUGAAAUCACGCGAGAGCUAGCGGCAUUGGGAUUGACAUUUAGGGAUGUCAAGAACGACAACUUGCCUUGGGUCCAGAUUGCAGAAAUCGCUUUUGAAAAGGAAGUCGAACCAUUCUUCCUGGAUGCCUUGGGGAAUAAAGUUGAGAAGCCUUAUGCAAAUGGGUGCAGUGAAGAUAUUAUUUGGACUACCAAGAUGAAAAAAGAAAUGAAUGAAUGGGAAAAAGUGGAUGAUGAUCCAUUGCUCCAGUUUGGUGAGGAAAUGGCCCCUUUCUUUGUUGAUUGUCAUGGCCGUCAUCAAGAUAGCUACACCUUGGACACAGUUGAACAGACAGUUUCAUUCUGUGUAAGAACCCUAAGUUUGAUGAAGGCAAACAGACUCCUACCAGUUAUCAAGUCUAAGCAGAAAUCACCUGCAAGGUCUAGCACUACACGGUCCAGGUCCACUGCCAGUGUUAGCGGCCAGUACAUCAACACCGGCUUUGAGGAUAUGCAGAUUGAGAUCCCGACUGAAGCUACCACCACUGCCGCAACAGCUGCCCCUGGCUUUGUUCCCCAAAUGAGCCCAGAGGAGUGGGCAGCAAUGCAGAAGGUCAUCAAGAUGUUCGGUCAAAGUACUCUUUGA